GGCAGCGCGGCCCGCAGCCUCCACCCCACAGCGCUCGGUGACUGCGGCAGCCACCACAGCUAUGGCCGGCCCCACCUGCUUUCUGCUCUGCUUGUCUGCCACCCAGCUCUUUGCCCAGGGGAUACCUUUCAGUGAAGGGGCUCCCAAGACUCGUCAGAAGCUGGGGUUGGUGGUGGAAGAUGUGCAUGGCAACAAGACCCUCCCACAGGGUACUCCCUCUGGAUACCAAAUGGAGGUGCUGACGUUACCACAUGCCCACUUCGGUCCCAGGAGGCAAAAGAGAGACUGGGUGAUCCCUCCCAUCUCCAUCCCAGAGAAUGAAAGAGACCCAUACCCAAAAAUGAUGGCUCAGAGAGCAAGAUGGCUGACGGUGACAAUGCCCCUGGACAGAGAGACAGGAUGGCUGACGGUGACAAUGCCCCUGGACAGAGAGACAGGAUGGCUGACGGUGACAAUGCCCCUGGACAGAGAGCAGGAACCCCACUAUGUUGUGAGUGUCUCCUAUGUGGCUUCGGGGGCGGGGGCUGGCAGCGAGGCAGCCAUCUCGUUUUCAGACAGCCAUUGGAUUUUUGAAGUUACUCAUGAAACAAUUUUUGAGCACCUGUUAUAUUCCAGGUGCCACACAUGAGAGUUGAGAGGGUGGAGGCUGGCAGAGCUGGGGAAGGGAUCAGGGAUUGAAGAAUGAGCUCUGUAGCUGUGGACAAAUUCCAAGACUCAUUGACGAGGAUCAGUGAGAUGUAAAGUUCUGAGCUCAGGGCCGAGAGCAGGACUGGAGGGAGAUAGAGGCUGUUGUUAUAGCGUCUGCCAUUACUGUUAGCUACAGAGAUGCACAAUGAAGAGUCCAGCUCUAGAGGGGAAAAGACAGGACCCUUGCAGCAAAGACCAAGGUGCAGCAGGGGGAGAGAAGGUGGCAAGAGAGGGCUGAGCAGAGGGAAUGAGCAGGUUGUGUGACUCUAGGUUGGAACAUUCUAGACACUCUCCAAAUGUUAGGAGUGUAGGACCCAGAGCCACACAACCUAUGGUGAGACCCCAGCUCUGACACUUCUCUUCUUUGUAGCCCUGGGUGUGGAAGUUACCCCUCCGCCUCCCUUUGCUGUUAGGUUUACGUAUGUGAAGCACUUUGAACAGUAUCUAGUUACAAGUAAGUUCUCAAUGCACGUUAGCUGAGCACCAUUUAAAUACAGCUCUCUGGUGUGUUUUGUCCAGAAGACUCUCCACCACACCCCUCGGAGAGAAACCGAGGCCCCUUAAAGCCUCAGUUUACUCUCCUCCCGAGUACACUGCCCUCUUUCAGACUCAAAGCGAGCUCCCCGGCAGGACCACCUUCCACCCCUGGGAAGGGAGAGUGGGCACAUGCUGCAGAAAUCAAACCCUGAGUCCUUGUGGUCCCACCCAGCUAGGCACUUUCUGUGGAAAAGGAGAGGGUGGGUAGGAUAUGGCUAGCACGCUGCCGUCACAUCAGAAAAAUCUGAGCAGACACGGACAGGCACGCACUACAAUGGUAUCACCGAGGCUGGAGUACGUGCUGCUUUCUCAGGCCCCCAAGCUCCGAAAUGUGAGAUGAAGGUAGAAAGUGGGCUCUCUGCAAUGGGCCUUCUGAGGGGCAGGUGCCCACUGGCCGGGGGACCCCCACAUGCCUCUGCUGCACCUGUAUUGCCUUUCAGCUUUUCCUUCAUGCUGUGUCUCCAACUGGGAACGCUGUGGAGGACCCGAUGGAGACUGUGAUCACAGUGACAGACAAGAAUGACAACAGGCCCGAAUUCACGCAGGCGGUAUUUGAGGGGUCUGUGAUGGAAAGAGCCC